AACUGAACAAGUAUUUCAACACACAAACUGACCCUUGUUCUGUAAAAAUUUCCAACUUACUAGUAUUUCUUUUGAGAAAUAUCUAGUUGGAAGGUUUCCCAAAUUCGAAGGGUAGAGAAUAGAACACAGGAUUGUGUUUACAUCAUGAAAUGACCUGUUAAUUGAAAACAAGUAUUUGAAGAAAGACUUUGGUAUUGUGGGGGACCCCUUUCCUCUUCACAAACAAAUAUAAAUAUCUACCUUAGCUUCUAACCAUUUUUCAAUCCUUUAAUUCACCUCACAUUUCUUCACCACUCCUUAAACAUGACAACAGCAGAAGAAACUUCAAACUUGGAUCUCAUACGCCAACAUCUCUUAGGUGAAAACAUCUCAAGCUCCUUUUUCUCCAAUUUCUCCAACCUCAACCCUGUCAAGCUUGAAGCCCCCUCAUCACCACACUUUGAUUUCUCAGACAACACCAGCUUCUUCACUUUCCUUCAAGGCUAUGACUUGGUGGCAGACAUGGAGUUUGUUGAUCACAAGCCCAUCAUGAACUCCACAUCAACACCAACCAUCUCCACCCCCUUAAACAAAUGCAAUUCUCCUGAACCAUUGGCAUCAUCAGAAUCACAAGAGAAGGCAAAGAAAGCAGAAUACGAUGAAGCAAAACGUUACAGAGGAGUUAGGAGAAGGCCCUGGGGUAAGUUUGCUGCUGAAAUCCGUGACCCUACAAGGAAAGGUACAAGGGUUUGGCUUGGCACUUUCGACAGUGAAAUUGACGCUGCUAAGGCCUAUGAUUGUGCUGCUUUCAAGAUGAGAGGUCAGAAGGCCAUCCUGAACUUCCCUCUUGAGGCUGGAGAGUCUGAUCCUAAACCAAACACUUGUGGCAGGAAAAGAAGAAGAGACAACCUUGAAUCAUGAGAAUCUCAGAACACAACACUUCAUAGCAUAAGUUUGUUUUCUAGAAAAAUAAGAUUGCUUUGCCUGUUCAAUCUGUACAUAGAAGCAAUGCUAAUCUGAAUCUAUGUUUUGGAAGUUUUACUAACUUUGAGGACCUUAAAACCAGAAUGUUAAAAGAUCUUCCCUUCACCUUCAAUUUGGGGACUCAUUUUCGAGCAUUCCUUCCAGCAACAUCAUUGAUUAAUCCAAUGGAUAAUGUUAAAUAUA